AAACGAUCCUACGGUUCCCACCAAAUAUUAUAGCGAGGAGCCGCUCUGCUCCCGCCGCCGCCGCCGCUGCUGAGAGGAGAUCGAUGGUUCGCUUCCGCCCGGAGGACUGCGUGAUCGACCGCGCGACCGACCGGCACGGGAUCCACGGGGGCGCGAGGCCACUCCUCGCCGGCGGGGUCCAUCUGAUCGGCUUGCGGACCGGACUCUUCCACGACCUCAGCUUGCGCCGCGCCCUCACCGACGAGCACCGCCUCCGAGCUCACCUGGAGUUCCAGCACCGCGUGCUCCACAUCGCCAUCCCCGAGCUCUUCUCCGCAGCAAGAUCACCGACUGAUCGAUUGGGACCAGUCUGACGCACGCAUCGUCGAGCACAUCAUGCUGCGCCACACCAGGCACGAUGGGACCUGCUCUCUCUUGCAGCAGGCCGCCAUUGAUGAUGGCGGCGACGGUGGAAAUAUUGGAAGUGGGACUCCCGUCAACGACGACGGCGGAGCAAGGGGUGGAGUUGAGGCUACCAUUGCCGACGGUGAGGAUGGAGGAAUUAGUGGAAUUAGGGGCGCCAUCGACGACAAUGAUGGAUUAAGGCCCUGUUCGGCCAUCCUCCGCGGAGCGGAGCGCGCGGAGCAGCGUUUAAUCAACUCCGCAGAUUAUAACUGGAUUGCCGCUCCGCUCCGGCACGGAGCCGCGGAGCGGAGGGAAUCCGAACGCGGCUUAAGUAACGGGAUUGGGGCUGACAAAAUCUCGAUAAUGCGGUACUUGCCUGAGAGUACAAUCCGCACAAUCGAGAAUGAUCAGAUGUGUCUUUACUGGCGAUUGUGUGGUGCUCAAAGACAUUUUGCGUACCGGAAACUUCUUUUGAAGCUUGACUUUAUUCAGCCGGAUAGUGAUCGUGAAGAUGUCCUAGAAAAGCUUAAAUCUUUGACCAGAUGGCCAGGGCUGAAAGAUUAUUGCGAGCUCACAAGUUGUUUAAAGAGCCAUAUGCAAUUUUUACAGAAACAUGAGCAGAGUAAAACGAACACAGCUUCCGGUACAUCUGAGUAUGAAAGUGCAGCUUUGGAGAAGAUCAACUCAGAGCUGAGCACAACACUGCAGAAGCAUCUAGAUCGAUAUGACUGGAUGCUGAUGGAGCAGUACUAUGACCGUGUGAAACUAAGGAGGCUGGCAAGAGAAUGUGCCACUCAAGCACAAACAAUUGGGGUUAUUCUUGUUGGCGAGGCUCUACCUAUAAAUCCAGAAGAUAGUGCAUUUCCUUUGAUUAAACGAAUACAAGGAAAAUUCAGGAGUGGUGCUGCUGCUGGUAGGCCGUUGCGGUUGCUCGCUCUCGGUGUGUUUGCGGUGGUUGCAGCAGCAGGAAGCUUGUCAUCAAAUGUGCCUCUGGGGUGA